ACAUGGUUUUGGGUCCAGUCUGAUAUUUUGAGGUCUGGUCUCUGCUGUUUUGGGGGUCCAGUUUCUCAUGUUUUGGGGUCCAGUCCUGGAUGUUUUUGGGGUCUGUCUGUGAUGUUUAGAGAUCCAGUCGCUUCUGUUUAGGGUUUCAGUCUCAGAGGGUUUGGGGAUCCAGUCUGAUGUUUUGGGGUCCAAUCCCUCAUGGUUUUGGGGUCCAGUCUGUGACGGUUUGGGGUCUGGUCCCUGAUGGUUUUGAGGUCCAGUCCCUGAUAUUUUGGGGUCCAGUUUCAGAGGGGUUUGGGGUCCCAUCCCUGAUGUUUUUGGGGUCAGUCCCUGAUGGAUUUGGGAUUCAGUCCCUGAUGUUUUGGGGUCCAUUCUCUGAUGUUUUGGGGUCCAGUCUCAGAGGGUUUUGGGGUUCAGUCUCUGACAUUUUGGGGUCCCAUCCCUGACCGUGGGUGUCGUUCGUGCUGUCCAGGAUGUCGGGGUGCGGGGGCCCGGCCAAGAGCCGCGUGACGGUCCCGAAGCGGGUGUGGGAGUUCGUGACUCGGGAACGCGCCGCCCGCCUGGCGCUGCUGGCGCAGGAGUCGCGGGUGCGGAUCCUGGUGGACGGCGAGACCCCCGAGCUGUACGUGCUGCAGCUCUGCGCGACCCCCCCGGGCCCCCCCGGCGGGGCGGGCGGGCUCUGCCCCGCGCGGAAGGCGCUCAAGGCGCUGCUCAAGGAGACCGAGAAGGAGCUGAAGAAGCGCAGCCAGCGGCCCGCCGAAGGACCGGGGGGUCGCGCCGAGCCCCCCGCGGGCGCGGCCGGGGCUCCCCCCCCGGCUCCGGCGGCGCGGGACGAGGAGCCCGAGCGGCAGUGCCCGAUCUGCCUGGGGGAGAUGCGGGGGCCCCGCACGCUGGAGCGGUGCCGCCACUCCUUCUGCGGGGAGUGCAUCGCGCGGGCGCUGCAGGUCCGCUCCGCCUGCCCCGUCUGCGGCCGCUUCUACGGGCAGCUGGUGGGCAACCAGCCCCCCGACGGGCGCAUGCUGGUCACCCGCGACCACCAACUGCCCCUGCCCGGCUACGAGGCCUUCGGCACCAUCAUCAUCCAGUACGUGUUCCCGCCAGGAGUGCAGGGGGUGGAGCACCCCAACCCCGGGGUGCGGUACCCGGGCACCACGCGUGUCGCGUACCUGCCCGACUGCCCCGAGGGGAACAAGGUGCUGGGGCUGUUCCGCAAGGCCUUUGCCCAGCGCCUCACCUUCACCGUGGGCACCUCCCUGACCACGGGCAGGGCCAACGUCAUCACCUGGAACGACAUCCACCACAAGACCAACUGCACCGGCGGGCCACAGCUGUUCGGGUACCCCGACCCCACGUACCUGGCCCGGGUGCAGGAGGAGCUGCGGGCCAAGGGCAUCACCGAGGACUGAGGGGGGGGGCGGGGACCCCCCCGGGCACGGGGACCCCCCGGCGAUGGAGCCCACCCUGCCGGGACCCCCCCGGGGAUGGAGAACCCCGGGGAUGGAACCCACCCUGCGGGGACCCCCCCCAGACAACGAGGACCCCCCGGGGACGGAGCCCACCCUUCCAGGAUCUCCCCGGGGAUGGAGCCCACCCUGCCCGGACACCUCGAGGGACGGAGCCCACCCUGCCAGGACCCCCCCGCAGGUGGAGCCCACCCUGCCGGGACCCCCCCGGACAACGGGAACCCCCCGGAGAUGGAGCCCACCCUGCCGGGACCCCU